AUGGCAUUGGAUCGCAAUGUUUUAGAUAUCUACAAUGAUGAUGAUGCUGAUGAUGCCUUUAUCAUGGAUGCGAAAUAUGAAGCUACUUCAGGUGCUGAAGUUGCUGACAAGCAACAACAUCUAACUGAAGAUCAGCGCAAACUUUUGGCUCAAGCGUUGAAGAAUACAGACGAGAUUUUCGAUGGUCAACUCGGCCAUUACAAGCAUGAGAAGGUUCACUUGGAGCUCAUUGAGAAUGCGCAACCCGUCUUUUCUAAAGCGUAUUCUGUGCCGAAGCAACAUGAACCUGCAUUUCUCAAAGAAUUGAAACAUCUACAAGAAAUUGGAGUUCUUGAACGAACAGGCCCGUCAGAAUGGGCGUCGCCAACAUUCAUCAUUCCAAAGAAGGACGGUAGGGUGCGAUGGAUCAGCGAUCUCAGACAGCUGAACAAGAAUAUCAAGCGUAAAGUAUACCCCUUACCUUUGAUUGAUGAUAUUGUUGCGCGUCGUUCUGGCUACAAGUACUUCACAAAACUUGAUCUCACAAUGAUGUAUUAUUCUUUUGAAUUGGAUGAGCCGAGCAAAAAACUUUGCACGAUCAACACCCAGUACGGUCUGUACCAAUACAACCGGAUGGCUAUGGGAUUGAAACCGGCUCCUGAUUUUGCCCAGUACUACAUCGAAAAAACUCUACGCGACCUAUAA